AUGUCAAUAAGUGCCACCACCACCCAUCUAACAAAUGGGGUUACUUCUGUUGACUGCCACAAACAAGUCCGGUCAUGGCGGCUCCUUCGUUCCCUUAUGGAACUCCUCAUCCCAAGUUGCAACUGCGCCUUCAUCGAUGAAGGCCGUGACCAAAAUCACGUUCCCAGUUAUUAUUAUCCACCACCUGUCUCUACUUCUCCUAGCGUUAUUACAGGCACAAUCUUUGGUUAUCGUAGAGGAAAAGCCAGCUUUUGUAUCCAAGCAAACCCCAAGUCCAAAAACAAUCCGAUUCUCCUUGAAUUUGGAAUCACUACAGCGGCUUUGGCAAGGGAAAUGCAAGGUGGUAUCCUCCGAAUUGCGCUGGAGUGCACCAGUUCAGGAAAUUCAGAGUCAGUUUUAUCGACGCCACUGUGGACUAUGUACUGUAAUGGAAGAAAAGUUGGGUACGCAGUAAAGCGGAAGCCAUCGAAAGCUGAUACGGAUGCUUUAAGGUUAAUGAGUUCAGUAGUUGUUGGCGCUGGAUUGAUUAGUGGAAAGGAACUUGGUCAUCAUCAUGACGAUGAACUUAUGUACCUGAGGGCCAACUUCGAAAGUGUUCGUUGUUCAGUCGAUUCUGAAUCUUUCCAUUUGAUAGAUCCUGACGGAAACAUUGGUCAAGAGCUCAGCAUUUUCUUUUACCGCUCAUGGUGA